AAAUACAAAUGUUCAAAUUCAUUAUUGCUAUUUUUUCUAAAUGUGUCUACAUCAUCAUUAUUAGUUUUUUAGUGGUGUAGUGCGGUUGUGUUCCGUGUGAGCGCAAAGAGCAGAAUUUAAUUAAUUAUCAUUAAAGUAGUAUGGUAUUAUAAUGUGUGAAAACUAAAUCACUUAUCCAAUCGGAUUAGCUUUGCAUUAACACCAAGGUCUUGAGAAAAUUGAUUCGCCAAAAUUGAGACCCCAUGUGAAAUGCCUUAUGAAAAAUUCAAUAAAAAGCGUCGACAAUGGGAGGAUAAUGGAGUUCUAGAAUUAAUUAAAUUAUGGAAAGUUUGCGCGUAUGAGUUACGCACAAUUAAACGCAAUGGCCAUUUAUACGUGGCUAUGGCAAAGCAAUUAACUGGCCUAGGAGUACCAGUGACUGCAUUAGAAGUACAUUUUAAAGUGAAUAAUUUAACUCAACGUUUUAGACAGGAGCAGAAAACUUAUGAAGCAACAGGUAUUAUAAGUACCUGGAAAUUUUAUAGCCAAGUAGAUGAUGUUUUUAAAAGCUUGGCAGCGCAUCAAGGCUACAAAGAUAAACGUAUUAUGACACCAGCAUCAAACCCAACAAACUUACCACCAUCAGCAGAAUCACCAGUUUGGAAAAAUCAAAUGUCUCAACAAGAGUUUAACAAUAGUAAUUCCGAAGGGUUUUACAACAGAUCUGAAUAUGGAAUGCACAGGCAUUUCAUGGAUCACUCUCAACAACCACCGCCCAACACAGGCAAUGAAGUUAAUUUUAUGGCUUCGACUGCCGCUGCAGCCGCCGUGGCUGCUGCAUCAGCACGUUUAACUGAUAAUAUGGAUCAAUUAAACACUGGAAAUGCAGCAAAUGGUGUUGUUCCAAAUUAUAACAAAGUGAAAAAAUCGACCGAUGAUUAUGACAAGUUUGUGGAUAUUGUUAAAAAUAUCGUAGAUAAUCAUAAAAAUACACCAGACAAAAUAGAUACGUUUGGAGAUUUUAUAAAAUCGUAUAUGAAACGUUGGCCGGAGCGUAUGCAAGAUGAAGCCAUCAAUCAUAUAACAAACUAUGUGGUCGUCAAGAAUAUGGAGCACGCCUUCAGUAAUAGCAACAGCGCUGAUGGUGUAAAUAAUAGACAAUAAUAUAAGUUAGAACCUAGAAAUUAAGUUAAGUAAUUGAUAUAUUUUAGCUAAGCACAUUUGUAAGUUUGCAGUACAGUGUAGUUACUUAAUUAUAAUUUUAAUUAAUCUUAGGUUCUAUUACAUGCGGUACUUUAAGUAUAAAUGUGGUAUUUUUUUAAACUGAUAAAUGCCUGACACAACUCGUAAUAUGCAUUAGAUUAGCGUUUUAUAAAUAAUCGCCUAAACUUUUUAUAUAAAUUAAUUUACGUUUAAUAAGUUUUCGUAUUGAUUUUAACGUCUGCGAAAUUUUUACAUUUUUGACUGCUUUUUCUGUCAAGCUAGCAGUGCAGUCUCUCUUCACUGAGAAAUGUAAGCAGUCAAAAGUCACUCAUGUGACAAAGACUAGAAAUCAGUAAUAAUUUACUUUACGAUUUAAUUUAAAAUAAGACGUAUUACGCAGCUUUACACUCAGCUGAGUGUAAAUUUAUCGGUUUAAAUUAAUACCGUUUAUUUAAUUGAAUAUAUUUUUUUUUGUCUGCUCUGGUACUUUAUUGAAGAAGCAUAUAGUUUGUAUUUUUUUUACUUCUAAGACAGCAGCUAUUAAUUUUUAGAUAAAUCGUUAAGCAAAAUGUAAAACGCUACAGAUAAAGUUUAACUUUAAUUUAAAAAUACUCCUUAUUAUUCGAUUUCCUUAAGUUUAGAAGUAGUUUUCUUUACAUAAGUUGGUAAUUAAUUUACUUUAAAAUUUGUUUUAAGAAUUUUAUUAAGUUAAAAUAUACAUUAAAGUAUUUU